CGCGGCAGUGACAGUCAGUGAGCUGGUCUCCUCCUUGGCGGUGUAAACGCUUUCUGUCUGCGUUAGAGCACUGAUAUAAUUCUCUCUUUUAGAAGAUGAUGUUUGUAUUCCUGACACGCUAUCACGUGUCUGAGCGUCCUCACUGACUCGGUUAUACACUUGCAGGUAGGAAGCGCGCAGGAGGACGUCACUGAGGAGUGAUGCCUGUAGAGAGCGGAAACAGCGCAGUCGCCCGUCAAGCCAAGCAGAAGCGCAAGUCUCACAGCCUCUCCAUCCGGAGGACCAACAGCACCGAGCAGGAGCGGCCUUCCAUCCACAGGGACAUGCUGGAGGCUCAGGAUUCCAAGCUGCCGAUGGCGCUCAGGAGCACCUUACUCGACCUGUUCGGACAGAUCGAACGAGAGUUUGAGAACCUCUACCUUGAGAAUAUUGAAUUGCGGCGAGAGAUCGAGUCCCUGAACGAGCGCUUGGCCGGUGAUGGUCAGACUGUAGAUGGAGCUGACAUGGGCAAAGGAGCGCUGAAGACUAAAGCCAGUCACAGUACGAGUCAGCUGUCCCAGAAGCUGAAGACCACUUACAAAGCCUCCACCAGCAAGAUCGUAUCCAGUUUCAAAGCCACCACUUCGCGUGCCGUGUGCCAGCUGGUCAAGGAGUACGUGGGCCACAGGGACGGCAUAUGGGACCUGAGCGUGACCAGGACACAGCCGCUGGUUUUGGGUACCGCCUCGGCAGACCACUGUGCGAUGCUGUGGAGCAUCGAGACAGGGAAGUGUCUGCUGAAAUAUGCUGGCCAUGCAGGAUCAGUGAACUCGAUCAAGUUUCACCCGACAGAGCAGAUGGCUCUCACAGCGUCUGGCGAUCAGACAGCUCACAUCUGGCGCUACAUGGUGCAGCUGCCUCUGCCUCAGCCUCCAGCCGACACCACGGCGUCGCUGGAUGACGACGUGGAUUUCUCCGAUAAAGAUGAUGCAGACGGAGACGUUGACGGGCCGAACGAGUGCCCCACGGUGCGUGUAGCCACCACCACUCUGAAGAGCCACCAGGGCGUGGUCAUCGCCGCCGACUGGCUCGUCGGCGGGAAGCAAGUCGUUACCGCGUCCUGGGACCGAGCAGCCAACCUGUACGAUGUGGAGACGUCCGAACUCGUCCACACGCUCACAGGUCACGAUCAGGAGCUGACCCACUGCUGCACCCACCCCACCCAGCGCCUGGUGGUCACCUCAUCCCGUGACACCACCUUUCGCCUGUGGGACUUCAGAGAUCCGUCCAUCCACUCGGUCAACGUCUUCCAGGGCCACACCGACACGGUGACAUCGGCUGUGUUCACAGUGGGAGACAACGUGGUGUCCGGCAGCGACGAUCGCACCGUCAAGGUAUGGGACCUGAAGAACAUGCGGUCGCCCAUAGCAACCAUCCGCACUGAUUCGGCAGUGAACAGGAUAAGUGUCUCAGCCAACCAGAGGAUCAUCGCCCUGCCACACGACAACAGACAGGUCCGGCUGUUCGACAUGACUGGGGUUCGACUGGCCCGCCUCCCACGCAGCAACAGACAGGGUCACCGGCGCAUGGUGUGCUGCUCUGCGUGGAACGAGGAAAACCAGGCGUGUAACCUGUUCACCUGCGGCUUCGAUCGACAGGCAAUCGGCUGGAACAUCAACAUUCCUGCUCUGCUGCAGGACAAGUGAACACACACUCUCUCACACACUUGCACACAAACACACACUCUUCAAUCAUACUUGCACAGAGCUUGUGCAGUUAAGCACACUGACACACAGCUGGAUCCUCAGUAAAGCUCUUGUUAUUGGUGUAUUGAUUUUUUUUCAGAUCCUGUGUGUGCAUACUGUACUGUGUGUGUGUGUCUGUGUGUGUGAUGAAGAUGAUGCAUCAGUAUGAACACACCCACAUCGUCAACAUGACAAUCUCUCUCUCUCACACACACACACACACACACACACACACACACUUUAACCCAGACUUGUGUCAGUCAGCUCUAUCAUCACGUAUAAUUCCAGAAAAGGAGUGUUAGAUAUUUUCCCACCUAUUUUCAGGUGGACGAUAGGCAGUAUGCUUACUGCGUGUCGUUACACAACGCCGCGAUACACUUCUCACAAAUUACACUUGAGUGCUACAAAAGAAUUAAUAUAAAAUUUUAAAAAAUUAUCAAAAGAGCUGAGCAGAGCUGAACUACAGAGCUGAGGUACAUCUGCCUAGCAACAAGAAUCUGAUUGGCUUUCAGCCUUUUACAGCAUUAUUAUCAUUUUUUUUUCUCCUUUCAAACUGAAGAAUAAAACACAUAACGUUGUUGUCGUUCUCUUGUACCUUAGAGCUUGGCCAGAGAUCACACUGGUUUAUUUAGUGAUGUGAUUUUUAUCUGUUUAAAAUCACAGCAGAAACACUUAGUUAAAUUCCAUUUAUCAGUCUUUGAUUAUAUACAUCGUCUACAAUAAAAACCCCUGCAAGUGAGCGUUUGCUAUAGCAAUGCUAACGAAGAGUAAGCGCAUUAAUAUUAACAUUAACAUUAAUUUGAGUCAAAAACGAUCCUCACUCUGGUUAUAUCGGUCUGACGCUUUCCGUUCAGGGCUCCUGUCUCCCCAGUCACUGCUGUGCAGGUGUAAACAUCUUACAUCAGUUCAUUGUAACUUCAGUCCGAGCAAAAAAAAAAAAAAAAAAACAGGUGAUUUGCACGAAGGAAGAGCAGCGUGCAGUGAUUCAUUUUUUGUGGUCUGAGGGUGUACCUGGUGCUGAAACAACUCAUCGAAGAGCAUAAACAGAAUUAUUUGGAUAUCUGCCAACAAAAUGUGGAGCGAUGCCCUAAGGAAGAUGAAAUUUCAUUAAAUAGAAUUAUUACCGGUGAUGAGACACGGAUUCAUCACUACGAGUGUGAGAGUAAACGGCAGAGUAUUGAACGGAAACAUCCUCAAUCGCCGACUAAGAAAAAGUUCAAAAGUCAGCUAGAAAAUUCAUCAACGCUUACAGUUUUCUGAGAUUCUCAAGAUCCAGUAUUUAAACAUCAUCCGAAAAAUGAUUCAAAUAUCAGCAGUGAUCCUUAAAUUGAGACACUUAUUGAAGAGCUAAAGUCUAAACUUCAGAUUAAACACAGAUGACUAAUAUCUAAGGACGUUGUGAUCUCACUUGACGAUGCAUGUCCUCAUACUUCUGCCCACACUGUUGAUAUUUUGCAAAAACACAUCCUUCCUAUAGUCCUGAUCUCGCUCCAUCAGACUUUGUUGACCUGGGGCUCUACCAAGACAAAUUGACUUCUAAUGAACUGAACUCAAAAAUGUAUGUAAUUGUCUUUUCUUAAAGUUAAUUAAAAUUAAUUCUACAGCCAGAGUGCAGAUAAUUUUUGACUCACCCCUCGUAUUAGUAUUGAUAUAAAGCUGUGAUUUGAGCUGUAUAUGCGGUUAUAAAGAAUAAAUCGGAUUUUAAGCAUUACAGCACUCUGAUUUUUGUUCUUUAGUUUAUUUGAUUAGAUUUUUUGUCGUAUUAUCCGCGCUUUUUUUUUUUAUGCCAUAUCCACACGCUUUCAUCAUCAGUCCUAAAAAGAAAUGUCUAGAAAUUUCUCUCGACCCUCCUUUUUCCUCUCUCAAAAAAUGUAAGGAAAUCAAAAAUAUACAUAUUAUUUAUAUUCUCAAGAUCCAGAUUCUUUUAUUGCGUUCUUUUUCUUGUCUCUAUUUUUUCUGGCAUUACACAACCCAGGAGGAGGGAAAACACGCUGCACGCUAACAUGCUAACAUGCUAAGCGGCUUUGUUUUACGCUCUUGAGCUUCGUCACCUUUCUUCCUAUGUACAGAGAUUCUUUUAUUGCGUUUUUUGUGUUGUAUAGAAUUUAGCGUUAAAAUAGUGAUGAACAGUUACUCCAUGUGUGUAAAAAGGACAGACGGCGCCGGCUCGCACCGCACACGCACACACUGUCCGCUGGAGAGCGGUAUCGCUUUAAUCGGUCUGCAUGAAAACUUUUGCUGUCUGUCAGAUCUUUAAAAAAUAAAUAAAUUAAUUAAAGUCACCGUUGUGAUCGCUGUGUAAUUAGAUUUUGUUUUUGUUUCCGGAGUUUAAACCUGUUACAAUGUGAACGUGUUUCGAUGGCGGUGUUUUCUGAAUAGUGUUACAUAGCUAAUGUACGUGACAUCACAUCACCACACAUCCAACAUACUGAGGGUCAUAUCGCUCUGUAAGACAAGAACUGUGAUCAGAUAAUAGAUUAUUGAUAUCAGACUAGACGUCCUGUGGUUAGACACCCCCCCUCCCUCCUUUGUCUUUCACACACACACGCAUACACACACACUCGUAAAGACGUGCUUUGGGCUUGUGAGUGUUUUCAUGAAUUCACACAAAUCUGGUUUAGCUGAGACACUGGAGCAGUGAUGGAUGAAGCUGGAGAUAAUGUGCUGGAUUUAAACUCCUUUGUAUCACAUGACCACACGCUGUACCACAUGACCACAUGAUUUAAAUAAACGUUCCUGUCACUAAAUCA